AUGAAGAUUUUUGGUGGUGCUAUUGAAAUUGAUCUUCCAACGGGAGUAAUCGAUGUAUCGCAGUUUCGUCAAGUUCCUGAUAAUCAAGAAGUAUUCUUGAUAGAGAAAUCCACUGCCAAUGAAGAUCAAAAUAUCAUUAUAGAGUUAUUAGAACAACCUGAAGGUGAGAUAAACGAAGUUUUGAAUACUCAUUUAAGUGAUAUUUUCGAUGAUGUGAAGCCUUUUAAGUACGACAGUUUGAAAGAAAACAGUUAUAUGGUCGAAUACGAGAAUUUUCUCAUUGGUUUGAUCAGAUUUGAUAAGUUUGAAACUGAUAUUUUGGUAUCUUUCAAUAAUUCUCAUGAUACACAAGUGUUCAAAUCCAUAGUGGGGAGCUUAAAGAUCUUAGACCCAUCGUUGUUUGGUUAA